GGCUCGCCAUAUAAAUUGUGGGCUCAGACUUACUCGCCAGGCACAUCGCCCCCAGGAUCGGAAGCGCUUCGCCUGGGAGUACAGCGGGCCCGCAAACAUCAUGCAGAUCCACCCCGGGCUCGACGGCGAUCUGACCUUCUUGGAUCUCACCAACUUCUGCUGCCAGCUCUUCUUCCCGGAGGAAAAGUUCAUCCUCUCGUCGACUAUCGUCCCACUCCACAACAACUGUUGCCGUGACGCGAUAGUGGUGAUGAUGCCAUGGGGUGGACCCCACGUGGAAGCCCCCAGCAAAGGAGGAGGUACAGGAGUUGUUUAAUACUCUAGAGGAGGUGCACAUCAGGGACGAGGGGCAUAUGGUUCGUCCCACCACGCCAGCGGAGGUCGCGUACAUUGGUCGACGGGUCACGGAGGCGGGCUUGGAUGCCGGCACCAACAGCUCGAAAGUUCCCACGCCCGAAGAGGGCAAAUGUGAGGAUGUCGAUGUCGAGCCGCCGACCCAAGAUACUCCGGAGUGGCCUACUUCCAUCGAGGUCGCCGGUGAUGUGGGUGCCGAUGCUGGCGGGGAACCAGAGCCGAGGGAGCCCCCGGCGCGGGCCGCCCCAAAAAGGGCGCGCGCGCUCCUCAAGGCAGCCACGGGGGAGCUAGUCUGUCGAUCCUCUUCCCCGGAGGUCGAAGGCAAGGAGGAAGAGGAGGACCCCACCGCGAGCGUUGCCCGCCCGCGGCAGACACGACAGUCUUGCGCCCAACAUGCAUCAAGCCCUGCCCCCGGCAGGAGGAUCAGUGUUGCUUACCCCGCCACUAGCCCCCGCCCAGCAGCAAGGGGCGGGUGGGACAUGUGUGCCUUCAGCUCGGGGGGAGGAAGAUGACAAAGUCGAGGAGACCUUGGCGUAGAGGAUGGCCAGGAUGGCGGGCCGGACGUCCGGUGCCGGAGGCAUGGCAAGCACCCCACAGGAGCGGGUUCCUUCGCGUGAGAGGGAGAUCGUGGACCUCGACUCCCGCCCAGCCCCCGGCAAGAAGCUCCUCCCUAGCACACAACAGAGGACGAGGGCGACACCACCGGCGCCUCCACCUUGACCCUUGUGUAGGCAGGAUAGGAACACGUGGAGGCGGCACGGGAGGGCUCGACCUAUGAGGGGAGUCCUCGCAUGGCGGUCCUUGUCGUGGAGACUGCCCCGGUUGAUGAAACGCUAGCGGGGAAGACCCUCGACGAGCAGGCAUCAACGAAGGUCACCGCCGGAGAGAGCGAGGCGCCUCCCCGGCGGGAGUCCACUGGUCCGGCGGUGCCAAAGGACCUCGGCAUCGAUUGCAACAUCGAGGUGAUCACCAAGGAGGUGGCCGAGGAGGCCAACCGCGUCGCGCCGGAGGAGGAGCAUGCACAUCUGCCCCCGGGACACCGGCAAGCAGGUCCUCUUGGGGUCGGCCCUGGAUAUGGUGACGGGCAUCGGAGGUGUCCCUGUCGCCGGGGUGCCACAAGAGAACAUGUCCUUUCUGCUCCACGCCGCUCGCACGAGCGCUGCUAGCUCAUCGUCGAUGGUGGAGCUUCCCUUGAGCCGAUACCUACGGGUGGGCGACUUGGAAUUCAUCAAUUUCCCCGGCGACGAUGUCUUCAAGGUCUUCUCUGAGCGGGCUGUCAUAGAUGAGGCAAUCACCACUCCAGGAGGGUAAGUGACUCUUGACCCGCUCGAUGUGAACAAUGAGGGAAAAAGAGCAUGGCAUCUUGGCGUCCUUGGGCAAGGACUUCCGGCAACUGCAGGCACACUACAUGUAACAGCCCAAGUGCCCCCUUUCCUUAUUUCUAAUAGAUUCCACGUUGAACAUUCAAUGGAUGCCAUCAUGUGGUUUGAGUAAUAACUUGUUUUCCUUCAUGUCAUUUCAUCAUGGCAUAAUAUCCUCAUUUCA